AAAAAUUACGAAGGCGACCAGUACAUCGAGCUCGCGAAAAAGCGACGCGUCACCGUCCGGUCUUUCAAGGGUACAACAUACGUCGAUAUUCGAGAAUUCUACGGAGAUGCAGGCGACGAGAAGCCCGGCAAAAAGGGUAUCUCGCUGUCCGUUGAGCAGUGGCAGACUCUCGUUCAGAGUGCCUCAAUCGUCGACGCGAUGGUGAAGCGAGCCAAAUAA